AUGUCCGAAAUCAAUGUCACCGCAGUUUUAUCUCCCAAGCCGGAGAAGUUUGAAGAGGUAGCUACUCUUGUAACCCAAGUCGUUAAGCAGGUGCAAGAACACGAACCCGAUACACUACUUUAUUACGCAUUUCAUAUCAAGGAGAAAAAUGAGAUUGUGAUCGUCGAGAGGUAUAAGGACCAGUCAGCGAUCCAGACCCACGUCAAAUCUCCCUAUUUCCGAUCCUUUGCAGGAAAAUUACCCACUUUGUUGGCAAAGCCAUCUGAUAUCAAGGCAGGUGGGUUCCUGAGUGGUUCGAGGGGCGUAUCGCGACUGUAG